GUUGGCAACGCGGAAGGAUGUCGGAGACCGCGCCAGUCGCUCCUGUGGCGCCCGCACCCGCAGAGAAGGCACCUGUGAAGAAGAAGGCGAAGAAGAGCGGCGCUGCCGCCGGGAAGCGCAAGGCGUCCGGGCCGCCGGUGUCCGAGCUCAUCACCAAGGCCGUGGCCGCCUCCAAGGAGCGCAGCGGCGUGUCCCUGGCUGCGCUCAAGAAGGCGCUGGCGGCCGCCGGCUACGACGUGGAGAAGAACAACAGCCGCAUCAAGCUGGGCCUCAAGAGCCUGGUGAGCAAGGGCACCCUGGUGCAGACCAAGGGCACCGGCGCCUCGGGCUCGUUCAAGCUCAACAAGAAGGCGGCGUCCGGGGAGGCCAAGCCCAAAGCCAAGAAGGCGGGCGCGGCCAAGCCCAAGAAGGCUGCCGGGGCGGCCAAGAAAGCCAAGAAGGCCGCGGGGGCCGGCACCCCCAAGAAGAGCGCCAAGAAGACCCCGAAGAAGGCGAAGAAGCCCGCGGCGGCGGCGGCUGCGGCCAAGAAAGUGGCCAAGAGCCCGAAGAAGGUGAAAGCGGCCAAACCCAAGAAGGCGGCCAAGAGCCCCGCCAAGGCCAAGGCCCCGAAGCCCAAGGCGGCCAAGCCCAAAGCUGCCAAACCUAAGGCGACGAAGGCAAAGAAAGCUGCGCCUAAGAAGAAGUGAAGGUUGUAGAGGUAU